CACCAAAAAAAAAAAAAAAACAUUAUCACCCUUGUUUCCCUCUAGGUCUAUCACACUAUGCUCUACCGAUUGAUAACUUUAGCUAGUCGCCCCGCUACGCGCAAGCUCUUUAAAAAUACACAUUUACGUCCAAUCGCAGCUACGCCUUCGAUUUUAUACCGCAGCAACUUUGUUCCCAUCAACUCUUUUCAUAGUUCAGUUCAAUGGUCUGCGUCUUCUCAUGACUGGAACGAUCAAAAACCAGUGACACACCCACUCAUUGAGAAAAUUCAACAACAUCCUCACAUUAUGGAACAAUUGAUUGAUUUUACCGGCUUAUUGCAAUCAAAGGGUGUCGAUGUAUCUGGACAAAGACCCAGUUUCGUACAGAUUAUGAAGGUCAUGAAUGAUCCCGAAGUGAAGGAAAAGGUUCAGAAAUUAGCCCUUGACAUGCAAACAGCUGGUAUUCAAUUAGACAUGAAUACAAUUCAAGAAUUACAAUCGAGCUUUGCAGCUUUAUCGAAUACACCUGUUCAAGAAGAUAUCAUCAAUGAAAAAAAGCCAGUGGUAGAAGAAGAAGAACGUGGUAGAAAGAGAGGCAUGUUUAGUAAAUUAAAGGGAGCUUUCAAGAAAUAAAAAGGACUAUAGACAUUUAUUUAUUUA